ACUCAAAUUAAUGUGUUUCUUAUUGACAGCUAAUGCUAGCAUGGCGCUAUCAAAAUUGCGCCAAAAACCCAAACUUACCUAAACUUUACUUUAAAAUAGUAUCUUAAAACACAACCAGACUUUGUUUAAAACCGUCUCAUAGUUGAGUAGAAGCUGUAUAAAACCGUUUUGUUGUACUAACUUGUUGAACGUAUCGAAAGUGACAGUGUCAUUUGUGUGACACAGGACUGUGCCGUGGAGGAGGAGGGUUGAUGAUACCAUCAGGUGUAGAGAGAGGCACACACACGUUCACUUUGAGCAGAGAGGCUUGAGAAAAGCGCAGCGAGCUCCUCGCUUUGCACUCAUCAACGCAAAAAGAAAGAAGAAGAAAAAAAAUCAAGAAGUCAGGAUGUAGACGGCACACCGAUCCUGCCCUCCCCACCGGACGGAGUGAUGGUUUCUCUCUUUUCUCUCUCCAUCCAUCCAGCAGCCUGUAUGCGCUCAGCUCCUCGGCGCAGGAGGCUGUCGAUCCGCCGGCAGAGGAGAGGUGCUGUCCGCCGUUUCUUCCCGCCUUCCUGGAUGGACCGCCGUCCCUGCUCUUUAUUCCCGGCUCGGAUUUGACUCCCAUCCACUUUUAGAUGAUGUCAGCUGAUUUUGAGGAAGCCUGAAGGUGAGGAGCACUUUUUCCAAGAGUGGCCAUGGCCACGGGAGUCGCCGCGUGGCUCCCCUUUGCCCGGGCGGCCGCCAUCGGCUGGAUGCCCGUCGCCAGCUGCCCCAUGCCGGUGGCGCCGCGAGACCACCAUCGUCGGCAGGACGAGCUCAUCGUCCUCAACGUCAGCGGCCGUCGAUUCCAAACCUGGAGGACCACUCUGGACCGCUACCCGGACACCCUGCUCGGCAGCUCGGAGAAGGACUUCUUCUACAACGAGGAAAGCAAGGAGUACUUCUUCGACCGGGACCCCGACGCCUUCUGUAGCAUCCUCAACUUCUACCGGACCGGGAAGUUGCACUACCCGCGGCACGAGUGCAUCUCGGCCUAUGACGAGGAGCUGACCUUCUUCGGCAUCAUCCCGGAGAUCAUCGGUGACUGCUGCUACGAAGAGUACAAAGAUCGGAAGCGGGAGAACCUGGAGCGGCUUCAGGACGACCAAGAGGAGAACAAGGAUGUCAAGCUGCCCCACAUGAACUUCAGAGAGACCAUGUGGCGGGCUUUCGAGAACCCUCACACCUCCACCAUGGCGCUGGUGUUCUACUACGUCACCGGCUUCUUCAUUGCCAUCUCUGUCAUCACCAACGUGGUGGAGACGGUACCGUGCGGCUCCACCGCCACCCAGAAAGACAUGCCGUGCGGCGAGCGCUACACGGUGGCGUUCUUCUGCAUGGACACGGCCUGCGUCAUGAUCUUCACGGUGGAGUACCUGCUGCGCUUGUUCGCCGCGCCGAGCCGCUACCGAUUCAUGCGUUCCGUGAUGAGCAUCAUCGACGUGGUAGCCAUCCUGCCGUACUACAUCGGUCUGGUGAUGACCGACAACGAGGACGUGAGCGGCGCCUUCGUCACGCUGCGGGUCUUCCGCGUCUUUCGCAUCUUCAAGUUCUCGCGGCACUCGCAGGGCCUGCGUAUCCUGGGCUACACGCUCAAGAGCUGCGCCUCGGAGCUGGGCUUCCUGCUCUUUUCACUGACCAUGGCCAUCAUCAUCUUCGCCACGGUCAUGUUCUAUGCCGAGAAGGGCUCCAGCUCCAGCAAGUUCACCAGCAUCCCGGCUUCCUUCUGGUACACCAUCGUCACCAUGACCACGCUGGGGUACGGAGACAUGGUGCCAAAGACCAUUGCCGGAAAGAUCUUCGGGUCCAUCUGCUCGCUGAGUGGCGUGCUGGUGAUCGCCCUGCCUGUGCCCGUCAUUGUAUCCAACUUCAGCCGCAUUUACCACCAGAACCAGAGGGCAGACAAGCGCCGUGCCCAGAAGAAAGCCAGAUUGGCCCGUAUACGUUUAGCCAAGUCCGGCAGCGCCAACGCCUUCCUGCUGAGCAAACGCAACGGACUCCUCAACGAGCUGCUGGAGCUGACGGGUGCAAAUGCCGGCGAGCAGAAGCUGCCCAAGUCGUCGUGUCUUUUAGAGAGCCAACACCACCAUCUGCUGCACUGUCUGGAGAAAACCACUGCUCACGAAUUCGUAGACGAGCAGCUGUACGAGCAGAACUAUUUAGAAGCCGUGAUGCAGCGCUUCCCCUCCCGCAGAGCGUCGGUCAGCAGCCGCGACGCCGCGACGCCGACCUGCUGCGGCCGCGGGGCCAAGAGGAACACGACCUUGCGGCCUGGACCCAACCAACAGGGGCCCUUGCAGGAGCUCAGCGCCGUCCACAUCCAGUGUGCUGAUCGGCCGUCGCAUUCCGCCAGUCGUUCAAAACUCAACCUGAAGGCAGACGACGUCGGGAGGCUCAACUGCAAAGGCGGCCGGAUCACCACGGCCAUCGUCAGCCUCCCGUCGCCCCCCGCCCUGACCGCACCCGACGCCGAUGACCUCCACGGGGCCCCCGCCCGCAGGCCGCCGCCCCCUUCCCCGGGCCCCAGCAUCCAGACCACCACCAGCUCGGCCAACGUCGUCAAAAUGUCGGCCCUGUGACGCUUUUCGCCGGCGAGCCCUUUGUAAAUACGCGACGGACAAGGAUGGACACAGGUGACCUUGUCACAGUGGAGCCUUGGAGAGACACUGCGGUGCAACUGGCGUAUCAGUCCAGCCGGGGGCGCUGUUCAGCUUCUACAAACUCUACUUAAAUAGCUCAAAGAAUGUUUUGUUGUCUCAAAAGUCUUCUUUGUGCUAACUUGAAUUUGUUUGUUUGAGUGUGUUGUCAACAAACGGCAUUUUAUACGCAGUGUCAAUUCAAAAACACAAUUUUACAUUCAUUUUUGUUUUAUAAAACUAUAUCAGCAACCAGUCUGGGGUGGACUCCACUUCUCUCGCCAAAAGUCAAAAUAUGCUCCAUCUAAUGAGGACAAGUGGUAUCGAAAAAAAAAGGUUGACUGGGUGGACCUUGUGUGGACUGGCACCCCACUUCUCUCGCCAAAAGUAUUCAGUUAUUCAGGUCAAAACCUCGAGCCAAAACAGUGUGUUUUAGUCGCUUUAUUUUUUUAACAUUCCAUUUGUGUUUUUCUUAAACAGCGCAUGUGCGGAACAAGCUACUCAAUGAAUAUGCUCUAUGAACAAAAGUGUUGGGUCGCCUUUGCGUCGACUGAAAGUUAAAAAGUGUUUUUGCACUAUUUCUAGUGGGAGCAAUGCGAACAAAAUACUUGUUUUCACUGUAUUUUAUGGAACGUGUGUUUGCAUCACAGUGGCUAAAUGUAUAUCAUCCCGCUAACGGAGCAACAAAAAUUUUUUUAAAAAUGAUUAUAUGAUUUGUCCAAAAUGAUGUUAAGGUAAGAAAAUGUGCAUUUAUUUGGGGAACUUCAAAAAUCUGAAGUUUAAGUUUUUUCAGGUAAAAGUACACAAAUUUGCAGUGAUUUCUGACUGAAUUUUGAAAUGAUGAUCGCAUUUUUAUACAAGAUGAAGUGGCAACAAGCUUCAAAUGUAUUUAAAACCUAUAAAAAUAUGCAUAUAAAAUAAUGACACAGUUUAAUGAGCACUGUGUCAUUAUUACUAUUGUCAUUAAGGCCUUCUUCCUGUAGGAACAACUUCUUGUUUAGCCACAAAAUGUUUAACUAAUUUCCUGCUGCGUCAGAUCCCAUUUGGUUGUUUUGUCAAAGUUUAGCACAAAUUCAGUUGAAUUUCAUACCAAAAAAAAAAAAAAAAAGAAAAACACAAAAAGUCAUUUUUUUGACAAGUGACCUCGUUGAAUGUCAUUGGAUUCAUUUGUGUUGCAUUGCUGUGUUAUGGUAAAAACUCUAAAUGGAGGAAAUAUUGUGACAAAACUGCUUCAAAGUAACACAAAUAUGAAUUCUGAAUAUGAAUAUGUUCUUCUCACAGGCAAUGCGGAAAAGUGAAUGAAAAUCUGCUCGUUUGUCAUUUCUUUAAAAGUCUUGGCUUGGAUGUUUGUGUGUGCGUGUGUGUGUGUGACUGUUCCUGUUUGCACUGACAAAAGUGUCACAUGACCAUUAAAAUCUGCUGCAACUGUCAACAUUUGUCUUCUGUUUUGCU